CGACUUCCGACCCGUGCAGUUGUGCCGAUCCGUAUAGAUUUGAUUCCAGCUAGUACAAGAAAUCAAAUACUGACCUCGCAUGUUCCCUUUCAGCGCGUGGUUGCAGCGGCGAGAGUCAAAAGUUGCGUUGAGAAAGGAGCGGAAACGGAAAAAUGACAAUUCCGACGGAGAAAAAGAAAAUCUUGAAAGGGAAGGUACAUUAGACGGCAGAUGUCAGUCAGGAAGAAUCUUCCAAGAGAAAACCGAUCAUCUGCAACAUGGAAUUAUGGAUUCGACGAUAUACUUGCACGUGCAAGAUGCGCGCGGAGACAUCCCUGCAAAUAUCACCGAGUCCGUAGUGCACACUUUUCGUCCUUCGGCUGCCUUGAGCUACAACUCAAACUUGGAAAGCAAAGCACCCGACUUUGAUAAGGAACGCGUCGCUUGUAAUGUUGCACGCCCUAUCCAUAGCACCGCUGUGCCUACAAACAAUAAGGCUGAUUGCACCCAAUUGCUUUCGGCACCCAAAAUUGGGCAUGCCGGUGGUAUUCAUGAAGUCGCCAUAUUUGAAGCUUCAGGUGGAAAAUAUCAGCAGAGCGAAAUUGCCCGGCGCGACGCAACAGAAGCCACUGGAUCGACCCAACACCUUUCAAACUUAGGGAACCGACCUUUGCUUGGUCAAUCUGCGCGCAUGAUCAGCUCAUCAGCUCCAAAGGGAGGAAAAUAUGGCAUCGAAGCCAAAGAUGACCGAACACAAAUGACAUAUGACCCCUACACAGAACCUGUUCAGGGCGAAGUUCCUGACAGGACACCUUCGAUACCGUGCCUUCGGGAGGAUAUGUCCUAUGCGCAGACCGGCAGUCUCCAAACGCAAAGCAUGAUUGUGAACCUAUCGAACUUUGGGAGAAGUGGCAAAGACGGCCACCAUUUAUGUGGAGAAGGAUUGACAAAGAAGGCAGGGUGGAACUUUGCUCCAGCAUUGUCAACAGGUGGACGCCCCAAUUUGAAUACCACGGCAACGAGCACCGACAAACUUGACAGAACAACCGAAGAUUCAUCAGUUACACCCUUGGGAACGUCUGGUGGCAUUGUGGAGAGACUACAGCGUGCAUUGGCAUGCCGUUCACGCCUUGAGGCUGAAAAUCGUCGCAAGCUUGAACUCAGCACGAGGCAAAAACAAGAUUUCCGUCAGAAACGUGAGCAGCACGCAACUGCGCGCAGGAACGCGAAAGUUGCUGCAGAGGUGAGAUCACACGAAGAAAAAAUGCAGCGACAAUAUAAACUUCAACAGGCGCGCAGGGAGCAAGAGGCGGCUCAACUCGCGGCUGAUGAGGAGCGACAACGAAUGCAAAUGCUCCUUGAUGAACAAGAUAAAAUAAAAAACCCAGUUGUUGAUGCAAAAGAUCGACACGUGAGUCAGUGCUUGCAGGUGUGUCACGAAGAGAAAAUAAGGACGCAGGAUGUCGAUUCCGAUGAUAUGACACCCAGGCAUGCCCCACUGACCAGGAGGAAAUCCGCGUUGUUGUCCACCUUAGUCAGCGCACAAGUUUCCAGCCGCGACGUCGUUUGUCCUGAUGAGUGUAUCUCGUAUGAAAUGUCUCCUUAUCGCAGUGGAUCUGACAGUGACGAGGAUAUAGGUGCGAACGCUCCUCGCAAAGCCAUUCCAAGAUGGGCCCGCACUGAAUUGCUUGUUCCACUACUUACGAAGCAAGCAACACUUGACCCAGAUGAAAUUUUUCGAAAUCCUUCAAAGACAUGUAGUCUUGAUGCCGUGUUUGCAAACACAAAGGAAAAGAUAGAUGGCCGACGAAGUAGUUCGGGCAACUGGUUUGAUGAUAGACUGACGUGGAGAGAGGAACUCACUUAUAAAAGGAACAUGGGAUUCGUUGCCCGAAAGUGA